CUGCAUCGUUGUUUCUGUAAGAAUCUCCGUAAAAGUUUGCCAAUCUCAAAUACAUCGCCAAGAUGAGUUGGGAAGAGAACGAGGAUUUCCUGCCUUCGGAAAACCAGGCCCCUGCAUCACGCAAUGCUGCUCCUGCACUGAAUCCCAACGCAUUCAGCUUCAAUCCUGGCGCGUCAACAUUCAGUCCCACCUUUGCUGCAGCUUUAGCAGCGCCGUCCCCAGUCCUUCAGGCUCCCGCUCCAGCCUCAGUGCGUCCUGCAGCUGCCUCCUUUCAGCAUCAGCCUGCUGACGCCCCACAGACGGCGCCUCCUGCAGCUUCGCACGCCAUAACAAAUGGUGUGGCGCCCAUGGACGAGGACGUUCCGGCAGAUGGAGCAGGCAGGAGUACAAGGGAAGAGAUGGAGGUGGAGAGUGCUGCAGAGGUUGACAGCGCGGCUGAAGCUGUGAAGAAUUUGGCAGUAUCUCCAUCACGGCCAGCGCCUGCUAGCUCAGAGGCCUCUCCCAACAAAGGGAGAGCCGUGGAUCAUGACGAGGACGAUGAACAGGAAGAGGAUCAGGAGGCGCGCAACAAAGAGCUGCAGCGGAUACACGAGGAGCUGCAGAAGGCCGACAACAGGGAACACAUGAACAUCGUGUUCAUUGGGCAUGUAGACGCGGGAAAAUCCACAACUGGAGGGCAGAUUCUCUAUCUCACGGGAGGAGUGGAUGAGCGGACGAUCCAGAAGUAUGAGAAGGAGGCAAAGGACAAGAACAGGGAGAGUUGGUACAUGGCAUAUAUCAUGGACACCAACGAGGAGGAGAGGGCAAAGGGAAAGACAGUGGAGGUCGGCCGUGCACUCUUCAUGACGAAGAAGAAGCGCUACACCAUCCUCGAUGCGCCUGGACACAAGAACUACGUGCCCAACAUGAUAUCUGGCGCAUCCCAGGCGGAUGUGGGUGUGCUCGUGGUCUCUGCAAGGAAGGCAGAGUUUGAGGCAGGCUUUGAGCGUGGUGGGCAGACCAGGGAGCAUGCGCAGCUUGCAAAGACGCUCGGAGUUGCAAAGCUGAUUGUCACGAUCAACAAGAUGGAUGACCCUUCCAUCAUCACCCCUGAUGGCAAGUGGUCUGAGGAGCGAUACAAGGAGAUUGUGACAAAACUUGGGGGCUUUCUCAAGACUUGCGGGUACAGGGAGAAGGAUGUAAUAUACCUCCCCAUGUCUGGCCUGCUGGGGCUCAACAUCAAGGACCCAGUGCCAGAGAAGACGUGUCCAUGGUACAAGGGCCGCACCCUGUUCCAAGUCCUGGAUGAUGUGGAGCCGCUGCCGCGCGACCCCCUGGCGCCUUUCAGGAUGUCGGUGAUCGACAGGUACAAGGACAUGGGCACCAUCGCCAUGGGCAAGAGCGAGGCCGGCCUCGUGCGCAAAGGAGACCGCCUCUAUGUCAUGCCGAACAAGGCGCCAGUGACGGUGACCACCAUCUACCGCGAUGACGAUGAGGUGCAGGCAGCGCUGGGGGGCGAGAACCUGCGCCUGCGCCUGAGCGGUGUUGACGAAGAUGACAUCGCUCCCGGCUUUGUGAUCUGCUCUCGCAAUGCCCCCGUCCCCUGCGUCACCUACUUUGACGCGCAGCUGCAGAUCCUGGAUUUGCUAGAGCACAAGGCGGUCUUCACAUCAGGCUACAAGGCCAUCCUCCAUCUGCACUCUCUGGUGGAGGAGUGUGAGAUCACCACUCUUUUCCACCAGAUUGACAUGAAGAUCAAGGACCCCAAGUUGAACAAGAAAAAGGUCAAGUUUGCCAAGAGCGGCAGCGCAGUGGUGGUGCGGAUCGAGGUGGAGAAGCCUAUUUCCGCGGAGCUGUUCAAGAAUGUGCCGCAGCUGGGCCGCUUCACUUUGCGAGACGAGGGCCGCACAAUUGCCAUCGGCAAGAUCAUCAAAUUGCCGAAAUCCUUGAAGGAGACUGCUGCAGAGGCAAAGUGA